AUGGCUUCUUAUUCUUCUUUUUUCGCAAUUCUUUUACUUAGUUUCUUCUUUCUCUCUGCGUCUGGUGCACAGCCUCCCUCUUCUUCUCGGCCUAGCGGACUUGUUUUUUCAGUUACCAUAGAUCCGUCUACUCUCCAAUAUCUGACCAAAAUCAGCCUUGAAACAGUCCCCAUUAACGUAGUUGUUGAUCUCGGUGGUGAAUCUUCCUGGAUCUAUUCUAGUCAGGGUUGUGCAUCUACCUCAGGUGACGUGACCGUUCAAUCAAACAAUUUGAAAAAUGGGGACUGGGUGUCAGGUCCAAAUGUUACAGCUCGUGGGAUUUCACUCGGUUGUGAAACAACUACUGGUGUCUUACUUGGACUCGCAAAAGGUGCUGAAGGUAUUGCUGGUCUUGGAAGAUCAGGACUUUCUUUAGCUUCACAACUUUCAGCUGCAUUUCAGUUGCCUCAAAAAUUUGCGUUGGACUUAUCUUCGCCAAGCGGAGGUUCCAUGUACUUCGGGAAUGGUCCUUACCCUGAUCAACAGUUAGCUUACACCCCACUUAUCACUAACUCUUGUUUUCCUAGUGACUAUUUCGUUGACGUAAAGUCAAUGGAAAUAGACAAUGGAAAUGUCACAUACGAUGAAGGAAUGUUGUCAAUCGACAAUGAAAAUGGCGUAGGAGGAACAAAAUUUAGCACUUUAGUUCCUUACACUACUAUGGAGACAUCAAUAUACAAGGCGUUCACAAGUAUUUAUAUUAACAGAGCUCAAGCCAUGAAUAUUUCUGCAGUUGCUCCUGCUUGGCCUUUCCAUGCUUGCUUUAGUGCAUCGACGAUACAAAGUAGACCGGACGGGCUUGUUGUGCCAAAGAUUCUUUUUAGGUUGAGCAACAAUGUGAAUUGGAUGAUUAGUCCAGGUAAUGCUUUGAAGCUUGUUAAGAAGGAUGUAUACUGUCUUGCAUUUGUAGAUGGAGGUUCAAAGCCGAAAACUUCAAUUGUUAUUGGUGGUCAUCAGAUGCAAUAUAAUAUUAUAGAGUUUGAUGUUGCAAGAUCAAGAUUAGGGUUCCGUCCACGGGUUCAAAUUUGA